CCAGCCUUAUGUCUCUAGCUGUGUAAAGGUGAACAUCAGAUCCGCGCUGAAAUCAAGUUCAUCGUGUUUUUGAAAGUUUAGAUGAGGAAUCAUGAAGAAGCUGCUGAGUUUCGUGGUUCUGUUGGGAAUAACUCUACAUAACGUGGCGGCAGUGAAACAUUCCCUGAGAUAUUUCCGUACUGCUACCUACGGAGUCCCAGGCUUUCCAGAGUUUGUUGCGGUUGCAACAAUAAAUGAAGUUCAGAUGGGAUAUUAUGACAGCAACAUCAAGACCGUCAAGCCAAAACAAGACUGGAUGAUGAAACUGUUUGAAAAGAAUCCCAACCACCUGAAGUGGUAUUCUCAGAGGUGUCUUCAAAGUCAACAUGUAUUUAAAGCAGACAUGAAUAGCUUGAAGCAACGUUUAAACCUCACUGAAGGUCCCUACACUUUGCAGAUAAUGAAUGGCUGUGAGUGGGAUGAGGAGACUGGAGAAAUUAGAGGAUAUAAUCAGUAUGGUUAUAAUGGGGAAGACAUCUUAGCCCUGGACCUGAAGAACCUGACAUGGACUGCUCUCAAACCACAAGCUGUACUCACAAAACUCACAUGGGACACCGAGAAAGCUAGAUUAGAGCACAAUAAAAAAUUUUGCAUCUAUAUAUGUCCCGACUGGUUAAAGAGAUAUGUUAAUCAUGGGAGGAGCUUUCUGCAGAAGAAAGAAAGACCCUCUGUGUCUCUGCUCCAGAGGACUCCCACCUCUAUGUUGACCUGCCAUGCUACAGGUUUCUACCCCGAAAGUGCUGACGUUUUCUGGAGAAGAGAUGGAGAAGAGAUUCAUGAGGGUGUGGAGAAAGGAGAGAUCCUUGCAAACAAUGAUGGAACCUUCCAGAUGAGUGUUGAAUUCAACGUUUCAUCUGUCCAGCCUGAAGACUGGAAGAGAUACGACUGUGUGUUUAAGUUCUCUGGUUUUAAAGACGACAUCAUCAUCAAAUUGGAUAAAUCCACAAUCCGUACAAAUUGGGGUAAGGGAAGCAUUCCUGUGUUACUGGAUACCUGGACCUUCUCUCCCCUGGAAGGAUAA